CCGCGCGCCCCUUUUUAUUGACGCGCCCGUGCGCGGCCUCGCCUCCCCUUCCCAGGAAGGGGAACCGGGCGGGACUCCACACCUCCUCCUCCGUCGCUGCCGAGAGAGACACAGCGAGAUGGCGCGAGUCUCCAAUGCCAGGAAGCGGCAGGGCGCCAAGCCCGCGGACCCCGCCCCCAAUACCGCCGCCGCCGCCAAGCAGGCUGGGAGCAGCGGCGGCAGCGACGGCGACCGCCCCGUGCGCGUCUACGCCGACGGCAUCUUCGAUCUCUUCCACUUCGGCCACGCCCGCGCCCUCGAGCAGGCUAAGAAGCUGUUCCCCAACACGUAUCUGCUCGUCGGGUGCUGCAACGACGAGCUCACCUACCGCUACAAGGGCAAGACCGUCAUGAACCAGGAAGAGCGAUACGAGUCCCUGCGCCACUGCAAGUGGGUUGAUGAGGUCAUUCCUGAUGCUCCGUGGGUUCUCACACAGGAGUUCAUUGAUAAGCAUCAGAUUGACUAUGUUGCUCAUGAUGCGCUACCUUAUGCUGAUACUAGCGGGGCUGCAAAUGAUGUCUAUGACUUUGUUAAAAAGAUCGGGAAAUUCAAGGAAACGAAAAGGACAGAUGGGGUUUCAACUUCGGACCUCAUUAUGAGGAUCUUAAAGGACUAUAAUCAGUAUGUCAUGAGAAAUUUAGCACGGGGCUACUCUAGGAAGGAUCUAGGUGUGAGCUAUGUCAAGGAGAAACAACUGCAAGUUAAUAUGAAGAUUAAUAAAUUGCGAGAGACUGUGAAGGCACAUCAGGAAAAGUUGCAAACAGUGGCAAAGACUGCGGGGUUGAAUCAUGAAGAAUGGCUUGCCAACGCGGAUCGCUGGGUUGCCGGUUUCCUGGAGAAGUUUGAGCAACACUGCCACAACAUGGAAACAGCCAUCAAGGACAGGAUACAAGAGAGGCUGGGGAGACAGCUGGGCAAAGGAAUGAACGCUGGUCUUGUGCAGCAGCAGCCGGUGGCGGCCUAAAUGUGUUGCUGCUGCAGUGUAGAUGAACCCUCUUGGACCGGUCUAGAGUGAAGUGGACCGAUGCUCAUCCUCAGGUGAUGUGUGGUUUGUCGACAUGGAACGUGGAUGCUUGUAAGAGUGCAACACAGUUGCUGAGGUGUUUCUAGUUUUGUAACGCAAAUGGAAGCCGUAUACAAAUGUCUACAGGAGAGGCGUUUGGUGUUUUGGGCAUGUUACGGCCGUGUUUUUUUUUACUUAAUGGUGAAAGCAUCUAGUCCUCUAAUUCGAGUUUUGGUAAUUAAUGACAACGGUUUGUGGAUUAACAAUUU